CUGAGCUCCCUGAGUUCUCAGGGGCUGGCUGUACAGUUGGGUUACACCUCUCAUCCCCCCACUCAGGUCCCUGCAGCUGAGUUUUUUCUCUUCUGUUCUGGGCACCUCACACUCUCACACACACACACACACACACACACACCUUCUCUUGGCCGGAACCUUUCUGUCCUGGGCUCAGAGGCCAGGAGAAGAGAGGCAAGGCGAGGAGUAGUCCCUGGGAGCGGUGGUUCUGAAGGAGAGAGGAGCCAGAAGUAAGCCUUCACCAUGGCUGGGUGUUUCACCAUCCUGGUCCUGCUGCAGACGCUGUUCCUGGCUCUGGCUCAAGUGAACGGUCCUCCAGGAGCACAGGGCCCGCCCGGUCCCCCCGGCCCUUCAGGUACCCCCGGAGCCGACGGCAUUGAUGGUGAUAAAGGACCUCCUGGCCCUCCUGGACCACCAGGUCAGAAGGGGGAAUCAGGCGAGCCUGGACCAGACGGACCUCCUGGGGAGGAUGGAAUUGAUGGUUUGAUUGGAGGAAAAGGUGAAAGAGGUCCAGUCGGACGUCCUGGACAAAAGGGACUACCAGGGCUUACUGGUCCAGUAGGACAAACUGGACCUGGGCUUCCUGGACUUCCUGGAGCACCAGGCGCAAUUGGGCUUCCAGGGAAAAUGGGAGCUACAGGCCCGAAGGGAGUAAUGGGACCUGCUGGACCUCCAGGAUUGCCAGGACCUCCAGGAAAGCCUGGGCCGCCUGGAAAAUUCUUGGGUGGAGAAGAAGGCAGUGCUGACUUGCAGUGUCCAACCAACUGCCCACCUGGUCCUAAGGGUCCCCAAGGACUGAUGGGCGUUAAGGGACACAAAGGUCAUGCUGGUAUCUUGGGAGAUCCUGGAAGCAUUGGAAAGACGGGCACCAAAGGAGAUGUUGGAAUCUCUGGUGAGCAAGGAAUACCCGGCCCUCCAGGUCCACAGGGUCUGAGGGGUUACCCAGGAAUGGUUGGACCAAAAGGAGAGACAGGCCCUCGUGGUUACAAAGGAAUCACUGGUCCCAUCGGCAUACCUGGAAUCCCUGGUGAGGAAGGACCUCAAGGACCUCCUGGAGAUGCUGGUGAGAAAGGUGAUAUGGGCGGACAAGGCGUCCAAGGACCGCAGGGAGGCGUAGGAAAGAAGGGUGAAAAUGGCCUUCCGGGUAUUGAUGGAAAAGAUGGUACACCUGGCAUCCCAGGAAUAAAGGGUGCUCCAGGUCAGAAUGGCAGACCAGGGCUACCUGGCCACCAGGGGACAGCAGGUUUGCCUGGAAGCCCUGGGACCAAAGGAGGAGUGGGAGAUAAGGGAGAAACAGGACCCAGGGGUUUGAUGGGCAUGUCUGGUGCUCCAGGUCCACAGGGUGAGCCUGGGCCUCCAGGUGAAGCUGGUAUGGAAGGAGUUCCAGGGCCAAAGGGUGACCGGGGUGAGAGAGGAGCAGUUGGGCCUCAGGGAGUCAUCGGCAAGCCUGGAAGCAAAGGAGAGAGAGGGCCAAUGGGUAUACCAGGACCUCAAGGCAUUCCUGGAAUUAAGGGUGACAAGGGAUUCCAAGGCAAAGUGGGGGCAAAGGGAGACUUUGGUGAUCCUGGGGUAGAAGGACUUGCUGGAGAGAAAGGAGAAAAGGGACAAUCUGGAGAGCCUGGCCCCAAGGGACAGCAAGGAGUGAGGGGUGACCAAGGACACAACGGUCCCACUGGUGAUCCAGGCAAACCCGGAGACAAAGGUCCCGCAGGCCUGCCUGGACCCAGAGGCCUCAACGGAGUGAGAGGAGUGCCAGGCAUGCCAGGAAUACAGGGCCCAGCUGGGCGUGAUGCCUCCGAUCAGCACAUCAUUGAAGUGGUCUUGAAGAUGCUACAAGAGAGGUUGGCUGCUGUAGCAGUAAGCGCUAAAAGGGCGGUGUUGGGUGGAGCUGGAGUGAUGGGACCACCAGGCCCUCCAGGACCACCUGGACCUCCUGGUCCUCAGGGACCACACGGCCUUACUGGCGCCCGUGGCAUCCCCGGCAUGCUCGGAGGUCCAGGCCAAAUCGGAAACACUGGCCUCAAAGGAAAGAGAGGCGCAAAGGGAGAAAGAGGAGAUCCUGGCCGUCCACAUCCAGGAGAGCCUGGACCUCCUGGCUUCCCAGGUCCUCCUGGUCUGGAUGGCGUGGCACGGGACGGUAAACCAGGAGAGAGGGGGCCACAGGGCUCUGCUGGUGAGGCAGGUCAUCCUGGAAAAGCCGGACCUCCUGGCCUCCCUGGCUUCUGUGAAGCAGCAGCAUGCCUGGCAGCCUCGGCCUACACUUCCCCUCGACUACAAGAGGCCGGCAGGGUGAAGGGGCCGUCCACUUAAAACAGGCCAUUCACUGCAGCCUGAGGACAUCUAAGGGAUAGAGAAAGAGAGAGAGAGAGUAACAGAAAGACACACAGUCCUUUCCUCCACCGGACAUCAUCAUCCCGAGAGCGGAUGGAGCGGUCUAGCGUGACUGACUUUGCAGUUUAGUGUGAGCCUGAUGUAUGUGUGUUUAUGUAUGUUUUGUGUUUGUUUGCGUGCAUGUGUGUGCUUGUGUACAUGUGUUUGUUUGUAAUGGAUGAUUUGGUUACAUCACUAAAAGCAAUCGACCAGUGCUAAUCGUAAAAAGCUAGUUAUGAGUUGAUGAUCUGGCACCAUUCCGCCAUCCCGAACACAGUGGGAUGUGAAAGUACCACCAGUACUGUAGAAGUUAUGAGCUCUGGACUAGAUAAUCUGUGAUGUGCAAACAAAAUCCAAAAAUUGGUGCUGUUUCUCUUUUUUCCAUGGUCACUGCAUUUGUUUUUGUUACUUAUCAUCAUCAAGUUUAUGGUCAAUCUGAAUUCUUAUAAAAAAAAAAAAACAAGAUCACUGUUUCACCAUUAGUAGACAUUUCUCUAAAAUGUGUAAAAAAAACUGUAGUAAUAAAAAAAGAGUCCAAAACUAUAGUCUAUACCCUUGUAACUUAUUGUUAAUUACCUCAUGAAAGUACAUGUACAUUAUGCCCCCUUUGUACUUGCCUCGGCUUAGGAACAAAUGAUCUAUGCUUUUGUUUGGCCAGUAACAGUUUGUUACGCCGAACACUAUCACUGACUCAGUGCUGUAAAUCUUUGUAAAUGUGUGUUAAUUUUAUAUGAAGGGUGGGUUUACAAGCAUGAUCAAAACCCCAAAUUAAUGAACAUAAUCAGCAUUCGGGAUCAAGCUUUAAAUAAAACUCUCUGUGCCUCUUUCAGGUUAUUGUGUUCUGUACUUUUAGCUGCAAAACAAAGGAGAACUGAUUAUUUACUGGCUAUUUAUUGGUGAUUAUUAUUUGGUUCAUUUGUAAACACUCAAGGUUUAUUUUUCUCGUGCUUGUUCGGGAUAUUUUAAAUCAAUAAAGAGGAACGUUUUGUAAGACUGAA